GGCAGCACCUUCAGCCAAAAGAGCAACAUGUUGACGCAUUUUAGGCACGAGUGCGGGAAAGAGCCGAGGUUCCAGUGUCCUUAUUGCGGCAAGAAAGACCGGAAGUCCUCGAACACCUACAGACAUAUCAGAAUGCAUCACAAGGGCAACAACAUCCAUGUGUAUCGAUUGUAUUGAUCCACGAGCACCCGGACAGAGUCGACACGACAAGUGUCUCGCGCAGGAGACGAACGGCAUUUCGUCGAGAGACGCCGAUCACACGACCGCUCACUCGAGGCUCUUACAUCUCCUCCGCUUCGCCGCUACGUCUUCGUCCUUGGCGUCGUUCGGCGGACGUACGGUGCUCGAAGUGCCGCUGGCAAGAAGGCGAAGACAACUCCUGCAGCCUUACGACGCCGGCAUUCUGGACAUCCUGAGGGCGAGCUACGCCGGCAAUCGGAACGAGGUGAAGCACGAAAACGGGCCCUUCUGGCGGCAGUCCGGCAAGAUGGCGUAUCACUGUCCCAGAUGCAACGCGGGCUACACCUACAAGAAGACCCUGAAGACUCACAUGAAGUACGACUGCGGGAAGGAGCCUAGGUUCAAGUGCCCUUACUGCAACAAGAGGGACAAGUGUUCGUCGAACAUUUACAAGCACAUUAGGAUGCGGCACGACGGAAUGCCGGUGAUCGUGCACAGAAAUUAGGGUCAGCUGUUUCCUCUACUUCCGUCUCUCGUCGUCAGCCCGUCGGGCAGUCGUUUCCACUUCCUUUGGACUGUAUCGCAAACGGCAGUGACUCGCGCGAAGGAUUACUCUGAAGUGACUUUGAGGAUUCGGGUGCUUAAUUGUAGUUACUACUGUACCUACUACUCAGUAUUACAUACUGAAUUAUAACGUCGGACGCGGGAAAUCUGUUUGGGAAUCUUCUUCUUGUGUUGCACGUCGGCGAGGUAAGUCGACGUUCAAUGAAAUAUUUUCCCCGGUGAAUUCUACCAAGGUGGCGGAGCGCUUUGGACCGUACAUCGGUGAAUAAGUCUCGACCAGUUGUCGAAGAUAACCUACUUCGAUGUGUAACACAAAGUGAAGUGUGAUUUCUGACGUUGUGAUUCAAUAUGAUUGCUGUGAGGAAACGGGAGCCUUAAAAGGGAGAAAAAAGAAGGAGGAGGCAGAAAGAGAGAGAUAGAGACGAUUUUCAAUCUCUUUCCUCGCGAUUUUCUUCCAUUUUAUUUUGAUUCUGUUGACGGAGAAAAACGACUAUAGCUGAAUUGAUGUGGCAAUGAACGGACCGAACAUCUUUUGAAGGAAAUAGGAUUUCUGAUUUUUAGAAUCGAAUUUGUUUCAGAAAUUCCGUUUCCUUCAACCAAAACGGCUCGUUUAUUACUUGAAUCCAAUUUUUUUUCUCCAUGUGUAUCGACUAUUAUAUUGUUUUAAGAUAUAAUUUUUUAAAUUUCUUUAUUGAUUUAAACAUUUACUCAGUCUUCUCUCUAUUGCUGUGAAUAGGUUCUCUCUAUUACGAAGAAUUACCUUCUCUGGGCAUUUGCGAUUAAUCGAUCUUAUAAAGCCUGGAUCGAGGAACGUUAGUUCAAUAGUGUAUGUAAGAAGUGUAAUUAAAUAGACAAGAAUGGUGGGUGGUACUAAAAAUAAAUUGAAUAAGGAAAGUGUAUUGUGUGCGUAAAGCGUGAAUGGAAGAAAAUCUACGUCAGAAUUAUUUAUUAUUUGUUCCUUGCUCCAAGCACUCUCAUAGGUACUUUCUCAUAAGUUUGUCUCGCUGCUUCGCGAGAUCAGAUCCGAUCGUCUCGACUCGAGAGAUGCAUUCAGUAGUGAACGUACAGGCCCUUCUUUAGAAUUGAUCUGUUUCUAAAUUUUUAGCAAGGAGUGCAAAGGAAACUUAACAACGUCCGACUCGCCGAAAUGUUCGCAAUGAAAGUCUGCGAGGAAGAUAAAUGUGUAUUAUGUGAAUUUAUGUAAGAAAAGAAAACAUGUCUCGAUUGUUCCUUCGACUGUAAGUUCUUAUCGUGUACGCAUCCAACACAAAAUUUGUAGUUUUCUUAAGGAGAAUCGAUCCGAGCGCAUUUUCAAAAGGGCUCAAAUCUAUUUCGCGACGAAGCUAUCUUUCUAUCUUUUGAACAAUAGAAGACGCGUCUCCGAGAGCGCACUUUCGCACGUUUCUGAAGCAAGAGGGAUAGAUGGAUUGCCCUUUUGGAAACGUCGCGUAUUGCAGUUGCAGGCAACCGUAUUGCAGUUUGUGCCAUUUGCGUGUCUAUGUACAGUCGACAAUCUCCGUUAACGAUGCUCGAGUGUAUCGUUUACCUCAAUAAAGCAGUGAAGAGAUCAACGUGAAAGAAUUGAUUGCGACGAUUGCGUCGUUCGAGAAAACACCUUCGAACUAACUAAACUGUGCUGUCCCCGUACAUGGCCAUUCUCGCAAUAGCCGUGGGAUCAAUUUUUACGUGUGCUUUUGUGCAAAUUUGCCGGGGAAUGUUCACGUGGCAGUCCACGGACUCGUUGCAGAGUCAGAGCGGAGUUUUAAUUCUCGUGUCAAUCGAGUCUUCUUGCGUAGUCGGGGAGGAUCUCUUCGUGCGAAAUGCAAAUAAUCCUCGCGUCCUCAGGUCGAUACUGUUGCGACGAGCUUACGCGAACUUUUGUGAACUCGUAAGAUCUAUCAGCGUAUAAUAACGAGAACCAUUUGUACAUAUAUGCGAAUAAAAUCCAUAUUUAUU